CGAGCCGUUGGCAGGGCUCACCACACUCCAUCGUAGCUGCGGCGCCCCGAGGCCCUGCAACCAGCGGUCAUGUCGCGCGCCCUGCUGGCGGCAGCCGUGCUGGCGCUGGCUGCUCCGCUGGGCUCUGGCCUGGACGCGGGGGCGGCCAAGGAGCGCCCCGUGUCGAAGGUGAUUUCCAUCCUCAAGGACAUGCUCAAUACCUUGCAGAAAGAGCAGGAUGAGGACGAGGAGAUCUACGACAAGCUUGCCUGUUGGUGCGAAACCAACGACAGAGAGAAGACGAAAGCGAUUAAGGAGGCGGAGGAACGAAUCGCCGCCCUCGAGGCCUCCAUCGAGGAGGACACGGCGUCCAGUGCGCAGCUGAACACGGAAAUAAAGAAUGCUGAGCAGGAGGUGGCAAAGCACCAGAAGUCGCUUGACGAGGCUACCGCGAUUCGCGAGAAGGAGCUGGCAGAGUUUAACGAGGAGGAGAAGGAGAUGCUGCAGGCCCUCUCGGCCCUGAAGCAGGCGGUCACGGUCCUGGCGAAGCACCACGGCGGCGCGUCCUCCACCUUCCUGCAGGUGCCGAAGAGCAGCAUGCUGAGCGUGGCCGCCAGCCUGCAGCGCCUCACCGCGAGGACGGUCUUGACCCGCUCGCAGCGCCGGGUGGUUGCCUCCUUUGUCCAGUCCGUUCACAAGGAGGGCUACGCGCCGCAGUCUGGCGAGAUUUUCGGCAUCCUGGAGCAGAUGAAGGAAACGUUCGAGAAGGAUCUUUCGGAGACCCAGAAGUCGGAGACAGAGAACCAGAAGGCCUACGAGGCCCUCAAGGCCGCAAAGCUGGAGCAGAUUGCCGCGGGCCAGGCUCAGGUCGACAAGAAAACACAGGAGCUCGCUGACACUGACGAGCGGUUGGCCCACUCGAAGCAAGACAUCGGGGACACGAAAAACUCUUUGAGCGCUGACGAGAAGUUCUUGAUGGACCUCAAAGAGAGGUGCAAGACAACUGGCCCCGAAUCGAAGGGGGGAGGAGAGAAUCUAGGUCACCGAAAGGAGUGCACGGAUAAGCGCGCAGCGCGGCCUCAUCUGAAAAAAGUGCUGUUCAGACUCUGGGGCGCCCCCAGAGUCUGGGGGUUGUGGGUUGCUCCGACUUUGUCUCGCGUUGUCCGACUGUGUCUCCUCGCUCAUACCCCCUGCCUCCUUCUCCUGGUCCUCCUCCCUGUUUCUCUU